UAAAAAAUUCAUGGAAAUAAAAUAAUAUUCAAAAACUUAAUACAAAAUUUAAAACAAAACAACUUAUAACUUAACAGUCAAAAAUAUUAUAGUACUUGCGAUAAUUCAAAAAGUCAUUUAAAAAAUAACUACAAAAAUGGACCAUAAAGCAAUAGUAUCUAAAAAUGUUAAAAGCUGACUUUAAACAAUAAUUAAAUUGGAAGAUUAUCCUAAAGAGUGCUAGAUUUCAAAAACAGCAAUUUCUUAAAGUAUCAACAAUAAUCCCAACAAAAUAUAUACAGCAUCAGUUAGUAAAUAACCAAGAGCAAACAUUUAAGACCUGUGCUGACAUUCUUUGACUAAAGACUGAAGAGCCGCGUACAUUUGUAAAUCUGUUUGCGGCAAACACUUGAAGCCAAUUUGGUUUGCUGGCUGUGUUUUUUUCCAACAUUUUUGAAACCGGCCGCCAAAGAGUCAAACAGAGUCAAUAAAAAUGAAGUAAAAACGGAUGAAAAAAAGCAAAGUCACACAAAACAAACAAAACAUUUUCCGGCUCCGGCGACAUUAACAGAACUGCUCGACAUCGACAAUUUGUUUUAUCAAUUUUCAACAAGGCCAGCAGCAGCAACAACAACAAUAGCGCAACACCCAACAAGCCAGCAAACAACAAAAGCGCCCAGAGUGCUUAGCCGUCGAGCACGCACGCCAAAGCCACCCAGCCACCCAACCACCCACUUGCCACCCAACCACCCACUCGAACCUCCCGUAACCACCCCCACAUCCUUGCCCCAGCCCAACCCCUUUUGUGAGGGCUCCGCCAGCAUCCACAUCCGCAUCCUCAAUAGUCAAAAAACGGGAAAAAAAAACGGAAGAACGACGACGGACGCCCCACAGUGAAACCAGGCACAGUGAACUCGCGUGUCGCCGCUUUUUAAAGCCAAUUCAGCCAGCGAGACAAUGGCUGCAUAUGCGCAGUUUGGAUACGCUGGCUACCCGACGGCAAAUCAGCUGACUACCGCCAAUACCGACAGCCAGAGCGGCCAUGGCGGAGGAUCGCCGCUGUCCGGGACGAAUGAGGCGUCGCUGAGUCCCUCGGGCGGUUCAACGGCCACCGGCCUGACCGUCGGUCCUCUGAGUCCAGGUGCAGUUUCCCAGUCAUCGCAUCAUGCGGGCCACAAGGGCCUCUCCACAUCGCCGGCGGAAGAUGCGGUGGGCGGUGGUGCCGAUGUGCCAGGCGGCCUUUCAUCCGCCGCCCAGGACCUGCCCGCCCGCGGAUCCUGCUGCGAGAACGGACGACCCAUCAUCACGGAUCCCGUGUCUGGCCAAACGGUCUGCUCCUGUCAGUACGAUCCGGCCAGGUUAGCCAUCGGUGGCUACUCCCGGAUGGCACUUCCAUCCGGCGGAGUGGGCGUCUACGGCGGACCGUAUCCCUCCAACGAGCAGAACCCCUAUCCCAGCAUCGGAGUGGACAACUCGGCCUUCUACGCACCUCUGAGCAAUCCCUACGGCAUCAAGGACACCAGUCCCAGCACCGAAAUGAGCGCCUGGACCUCGGCCAGUCUGCAGUCAACCACGGGAUACUACUCCUACGACCCCACGCUGGCGGCCUACGGAUACGGACCCAACUAUGAUCUCGCCGCCAGGCGGAAGAACGCCACGCGGGAGUCCACGGCCACGUUGAAGGCCUGGCUGAGUGAGCACAAGAAGAACCCGUAUCCGACGAAGGGCGAGAAGAUCAUGCUGGCCAUCAUCACCAAGAUGACCCUCACCCAGGUCUCCACCUGGUUCGCCAAUGCCCGCCGAAGGCUGAAAAAGGAGAACAAGAUGACCUGGGAGCCCAAGAAUAAAACCGAGGACGAUGACGAUGGCAUGAUGUCCGACGAUGAGAAGGAGAAGGAGUCGGGAGAUGGUGGAAAACUCUCCACUGAAGCCUUUGAUCCUGGCAAUCAACUUAUCAAAUCGGAGCUGGGCAAAGCGGAAAAGGAGGUGGACAGUGACCAGAAGCUGGAUCUCGACCGGGAGCCGCACAAUUUGGUGGCCAUGCGGGGACUGGCGCCCUAUGCCACGCCCCCCGGCGCCCAUGCCAUGCACGCGGCCUACAGUUCGUAUGCGCAAUCCCACAACACGCAUACGCACCCGCAUCCCCAGCAAUUGCAUCACCAUCAGCAGCAGCAACAGCAACAGCAGUUGCAACAGCAGCAGCACCCACAAAUGGAACAGCCUUACUACCACCCAAGUAGCUAUGGCCAGGAGGAAUCGGGGGACUUUGCGGCCCAAAAAAACCCGCUGAGCAGAGACUGUGGCAUCCCAGUUCCGGCGAGCAAGCCCAAGAUCUGGAGCGUGGCCGACACAGCCGCCUGCAAGACGCCCCCGCCCACCGCGGCGUACCUCGGCCAGAACUUCUACCCGCCCUCAUCGGCGGACCAGCAGUUGCACCACCACCAUUCGCACCACCAUCCAGCGGCGCCACCGCAUCAGCAGCAGCAGCAACAACAACAGCAGCAGCAACAACACCAUCACCACCACUCGAUGGAGCUCGGUUCGCCGCUGAGUAUGAUGAGCAGCUACGCCGGCGGAUCGCCAUAUUCGCGGAUACCUACGGCGUACACCGAGGCCAUGGGCAUGCACCUGCCCAGCAGUUCCAGUUCCAGUUCCAGCGGCAAGGUCCUGCCCACACCCAUCAGUAUCCAUCCGGUGCCGCAGCAGCGGGUGGGGUUUCCCGAGAUCCAGCCCGAUACGCCGCCCCAAACGCCGCCCACUAUGAAGCUCAACAGCAGCAGCAGCGGCAGCGGCAGCAGCAGCGGGAGCAGCCACAGUUCCUCGAUGCAUUCCGCUCCGGUGACGGUGGCUUCCAUGGUCAACAUUUUGUACAGUAACGAUGCGGCAGGAUAUGGACACGGCCAGGGUCAUAAUCAUGGACAUGGUCAUGGGCAUAUGGGUGGCACCAAUGCCUUCCAUCUCACAGAGAGCCGUUCCGGGUCGUAAUUUGGCGACCUUGAACCAGUUUACCAGUUUACCAGAUACCAAACCAAAUAGCAAGCGAAACUACUUACACAUUUCGACGGGCGGGACAAGUGCAAGUUGGCGGUCAAUCCGCGAUUACGAUUACGAUUACGAGUACGAUUUACCAGAUAGCGAUAACUACACUAAUUAUUUUGCAAUAAAUGUAGCUUAAGUAUGGCAAUAAAACUUUAUUUCCAACCA